UCUUCCUCUGCCGCAGCCAUUUUCAACAAGGAAGAAGAGUGUGAAAAGUUCCAAAUUUGUGCACAGUUUUUCAACAAACAGGUAUAUAAUUGCUGUACAGGUGUGCCCCGUUAGCAGACAGCCCGCUCUCCCAGGACGGGACGACAGACCUCUCUCACCUGAAUCCGGCGCCCUGCCCACCUUGCCGUCACCGUGACAACCUCAGCCAGGUGUAGUGGGAACAGUCAUUACCUGAGGGUGAUUGUUGAUUAAACAGCCAGAAGUACCUGUGUUCUCUGCCCUCUCAGCGGCCAUGGCGCACGAGGUUAAACAGGAUGUCGACAUGGAAGGAAGUAUGAAAAGGCCCCAUGAUGAGGAAAGUGGUCGCCGUGACGACGGGGGUCAUAAGCGAAGACGGGGUGGAGAUGGCCCUCGAUCUGAAGUACGCGUUUUACUCCAGAGCAAGAAUGCAGGAGCUAUAAUAGGCAAGCAGGGAAGCAACAUAAAACGUCUGCGCUCUGAGUACAAUGCAAAUGUUACAGUGCCCGAUAGCAACGGCCCGGAACGGAUCUUGACCAUUUCUUCAGAGUUGGAUUCUGCUCUCGACUGCUUGUUAGAUGUUAUCCCUAACUUAGAAGACUAUCAACAGUAUAAAGACUUAGACUUUGACUGUGAACUGCGACUGCUGAUCCACCAAAGCCAGGCUGGCUGUAUUAUCGGCAGAGCUGGGUUCAAAAUCAAGGAACUCCGCGAGAAAACAGGAGCCAACAUCAAGGUGUACUCUAAAACAUGUCCUGAAUCAACAGACCGAAUAGUUCAGCUGUCCGGGAAGCCAGAGACAGUGGUCAACUGUAUCAGAAUCAUCUAUGAGCUCCUAGAAACAGCUCCCCCUAAAGGCCCUGUGCAGCCUUAUGACCCCCACAACUAUGACGAGUAUUUCUCUCAGGAGUAUGGGGGCUACACCCUGAUAGAGGGAGGCAAGGGUAAAGGUGGGCGUGGCAUGAUCCCCAGAGGCAUGGCCCCUCCCCCGAGAGGUGGGCUGUCUGCCAGGUCAGGUUUUGGCGGCGGCGGAAUGGGUAUGGGGGACAUGGAUGACUACAGUUAUGGUAGGGUGCAGAAUCGCGGAGGUAACAUGGGGCGCUCAUCAGGCCCACCCUCCCUCAUGGGCUCGCGAGGAGGGCGUAACAUGAGAGAUGAUAACAGUAUGGGUGGAGGAAUGGGUGGACGAUCAGGAGGCAUGAGAGGAGGAAUGAAUUCUAAUAUGGGACGUGGAAUGGGCAGCAGAGGGUUUGGAAAUGGAAGCAAUUUUGGUGGUGAGAUGGGAGGCAGUGGAGGUGGGGGAGGGUUUAGCCGGGGUAGUAGUGAGAUGAACUUUACCCAGGACAGCAUGGUGAGUGAGCCAGAGUCUCAGCGCACACAUUCACGGGGUGGUAUGGGCCAACAGGGGAUGAUGUUCGGAGGAAAUGAACCCACUAACAGCACACAGGUCACCAUUCCUAAAGACUGUGCAGGUGCCAUCAUUGGGAAAAAAGGCUCCAGGAUAACAGAAAUCCGUCGUCAAUCUCGAGCAAGUAUUGUCAUAGACGAGCCCAUGCCCGGUUCAAAUGAUCGCAUCAUCACCAUCAGCGGCACACAGGAACAGAUUCAGAAUGCUCAGUACCUACUACAAAUGAGUGUGCGUCAGUCAGAGGGCAAGUCCUUUUGAGAGGAAAUCAAGACACAAUUCUGUCAAAAAAUGUGAAGAAAUAUGCAGCUGAAGAAUUCUGAACUUCACACUUGUCCUGCCUCAUCCACAGUGCUGAUAAUUGUUGUCAAAAAGCGGAAAACAACAACGAAAGACUGGGUUGCCAAGGAUGAUAUUAAUGGCGAUAGUUUGUCAGGAGCUAUAAAAACUUGGACUGUUUCAUGCAGCUAACAGUGCUCACAGAUGUGAAAUAGAGGCAAAUUAUUAACCGGGCAGCUAUCACAAAUUUGUGGGGAGGCAUUGAAGUAUUUUGUUUUGUAUACAGAAAAUAAUAUGAAUUCAUGUAAAGAUUCCUCAGAAAUCCUAAAUUUCUGGAAAUAUUAGGCGGGCAGGUGGGUGGGGGGUAAUUAAGUUUUUGUCAAGGUACAUCUUUCAUUUACAGUUAUCACAUGCAGUGAGAAAAGAUGUGAACACCAUAAAAUACUUCGUAACAUAGACAAUUCAUGUUACUGUUUCAUGAUUUGAUUGUGCAUGUUAACUUGGUGUUCAUGUGUUACACAUCAGACACGUGUACAUGUAUCAAAGUUCAUAAUGCUCAUACCUAAGUAGUGUUCAUUUGUGAAGAAAAUUUUAAGUGCUACUCGACAUGUCUUGUAGCGAAACGUACAGGCCUUUUGCAUUUAAAAUCAUUUGUAUAUUUUAACACAUAACAUUUAUAAAUCACUGAAAUCCUUUGUCAUGAAUAAGAAAGAAAACCUAAAUAGUAUACCCUGUGUAUUAAGUAUAAAAGAAUUAUGCCUACUGAGAAAAAGCAAGCCCCUGCAUCUCCCUAAUCUAGAACUAAUCAUAAAGUUUGAUGUUCCAUAUGCAUGUAUGUUACAUUACCUAUAUAUGAAUUACGUAUAUAUAAAUUACCUAUAUAUAUCUUAAAGAGAAGCAGUUUACUUCUGGUGGAGUUGCCAUAGGAAAUAUAGAAACAGGCUUGGAUUUUUAUGAUUUACUACUUGUUAGAAAUAGCAAAUUUUACAAAUCCUGGAAAAUUCCUUGUGAUUAAGUUAAAUUUCACUGACGUUUUGAAGUGUCCAGAAAUUAGAUGUCUGUCCUCGUCUCAGUUUCAAAGGCUGUUAUUUUGAGCUAUUGCUGUGUAGCAGCAGGGUUUGUACAGUUAGACAGUAAAACCUGGGUUAGGGAACAUCACCCUAUUGUGUUCUUCCAUGUAUAUCCGUAAAACAGUGAACCCGUUUUCAUUGUAAGAGUUAUCCCUAUGUUUUCAUGAGAGAUCUUAUGAAUUCUGUUUGGGUUGAAUCUUGUUUUUAAGAUUGUGAAAUUUGUUGAAUAAAUAUGAAAUUUUGUUCAUAAUAA